UGCUCUGAUCUUGCCAUUAUCUAUUGGAAGUUUCUACUCUCAGCCCCAGACAGGGCCAUGGGAGAGCUUAUUAUACUUCUUCCCUUUCUCACGUCUAUACCUUUUACUUCAUUGUACUCAUCUAUUUUUUUCUUCUGUUGCAAAUUUGAUUUUGCCCGUUGUAGAAGGUGUGUCUUGGUAAGUGAGUAAAUCACACCAAUCUACUACCAUGAAGCUAUAGGAUUCCGGAGGCAUGUAGGUGUGUCUCUGAGUAUAUAAAUAAGCAGAAAUGUGCUGUACUUCAGAGGCGUGCCAGCGUGAUUUUUAUAAGACAGCAAAAGGUUUCAAAAAGCACCAGGAAACAUGAAGAUCAAGCAUUUUGCUCUGCUGUGUGUCCUCUUGAUGUUCUGUCAACUACUGCAAACUGACAGUGAAACAGUGAAAGAGAGAAAAAGGGAGAGACCGAAUAAUGGCAGAGGGGGAAGAGCCCAGGCUAGACAUAAUAACAAUCACAAGGGUCAGAGAAACAGAGGACAAAGAGGCUCUCCCACAAAAGGGAAGUUUAUAACUAAAGAGAAGGCUGAAUGUUCCUGGAUUCUGAAUGAGAAAGAGACCACUCUGCUAAAGGUAGACUGCAAAAAUGGGGAAGAUGCCUUCUCCUGUGCUUUUUCUGGCAGCCCAUCUACCUGCCCACGGUAUGCAGAAAACCGGAAGGUCUUCUGGAAGGAAAUCACUCGAUCUCUAAAGAAACAGAAGAAUCUCUGUAAGGACCCCAAGACUCUUUUAAAAUCUAAAGUCUGUAAGACUGGGCCACCUACUGCCCAUCUUAGACUGGUUAUGGAUGCCAAGCCAGAAACCCCAACACCCAAGCAACCAGAGAAAGAAUCCAGUGACUGUGUGGAAGAUAUUGAUUAUGUGGAUCAGAAAAAGGUGGCUGAAGAGUACUGCUCUGAAACGUGGCAAAACAUUUGCUACUUCAUAGUUUCAAUGAUACAAGAUAAAAAGUGCAAUUAGAAAGCCAAGGAAGGUAGAGUUAGUAUGGGCACAACUGUCUUGCAAACAGUAUCAAGAGCAAACAAUAUGAAUUAUUGUCUAGUGCAUCCAGUCAAGCUCGUCUUGUGGAAGUAUUGUAAAUGCAAUGUAUUUUGUUCUUUUGCUAAAACUGUAACCGUAACUAUUAAUCCUCUCCACCUGUCACCUGAUCCUUCCUUCCUCUGUUUAACUUGGGAGAAAAGUGCCAAAUGAAAGGGAUUAAUCUGAUGGAAGGAUUGCCAGCAGUUGUUUUCUAUGUCAUAAUAUGCAAUAUGAAUACGAAGGCACAUUUUAUUAGGCCAAUUUGAUUUUUGCACACCAGUGCCCAAGAUAUCUAAGAACACUUUAUCAAGCAAGAAGAAAAGGAAGUUUGGGUGGUGGUGGUGAUAUAUUGUAUUUAGGAAA